GUGAGAGAGAGAGCGCCAAGAAGAAGGCAAGGCAAGACAAACAGCACGAUGGCGGCGGCAGUGGCGCAGUGGGCGGCGGCGGCGGUCGUGGCGAUGGCAAUGGCGGCGGUGGCGGGGGGUGACAUGAGCGCGGACAAGAUCGAGUGCGCGGACCAGCUGGUGGGGCUGGCGCCGUGCCUGCAGUACGUGCAGGGGCAGGCGCACGCGCCGCCGCCGGACUGCUGCGGCGGCCUGCGGCAGGUGCUGGGGAAGAGCCCCAAGUGCCUGUGCGUGCUGGUCAAGGACAAGGACGACCCCAACCUCGGCAUCAAGAUCAACGCCACCCUCGCCCUCGCGCUCCCCUCCGCCUGCGGCGCCACCCGCGCCAACGCCUCCCACUGCGCCCAGCUCCUGCAUAUUCCUCCGGGCUCGAAAGACGCCGCCAUCUUCAGCCCCGGCGGCGACAAGGGCUCCGCUGCAGCUCCAGCGAAGGAUAACUCGACGGCGACGACCGACUCUCGCGCGCAACAGGCGACCAACGGGGGCGGCGUCUCCUCGGCGGCGACCGCCGGUGUUGCACUGACGUCUUUGCUCGCCGGCUACCUUCUCCUGCUCGUACCAGAGCUCUCAGCUGGCUCCUUCUAGAUCUCUGCCAAAUGCCCCAAAAAUGGCAGGAAGAGUUAUGUUGUACCAGACCAGUACGUGACAGAUAAUUUGUUGGUGUUGUUGUGCUGUUUUUACUGUUAUGCUACGAGUAUUGACUACUGAAUGGCAUGUGUAAGCUAGAUGAUGGGUUUUGCUCUGCUUCCAAACUAGCAUCUCUGGUGCCGAUCCUAGCUAAUGUUGCUGUGAUCCCGAAUUUGAUCAGUUAACUUAUUCGCUGAUCAGCAUGAGAUCGGUCACAAUUCACAUGAAUCUGGGCGUGCGGUUUGGUUGGUCAGCGACAUGCAUCCUCUGCCUGUUCCGACGUCUUGCGUUCGCGCACCAUGCAUUG